AUGGCUGCAACUCACGGCAAGACGGUGGCGCACGGCGGAGAAGAGAUCCCGCCGGGAAAGCCGAUGAGCAUGGAACAGCACAUGCUCGACAAAGGUGCACAGAUGCUGCAGUCCUUAAAGCCAAUCAAGAAGAUGAACCAACAUGUAUGCACUUUCGCUCUCUACAACCACGACAUGACCCGCCAAAUCGAAACCCACCAUUACGUCACCCGCCUGAAUCAGGACUUCCUCCAGUGCGCCGUUUACGAUUCCGACGACUCCUCCGGCCGCCUCAUCGGGGUUGAGUAUAUCGUAUCUGAUCGGAUUUUCGAGACUUUACCUCAGGAUGAACAAAAACUAUGGCACUCACAUGCACAUGAGAUAAAAUCAGGGCUAUGGGUGAAUCCUAGGGUUCCAGAAAUGGUGGUGAAGCCCGAGCUAGAAAGUCUUGCCAAGACAUAUGGCAAGUUCUGGUGCACGUGGCAGACCGACAGAGGGUUUAUAAAUUCAAUGAAAUUAGGUGAUAAGCUUCCGAUGGGUCCGCCGGCGCUGAUGAUGUCACCACAAGCGGAGGAGUUGGGAAUUGUGAAGCUUGAGACGGUGAAAAAGAGGGAUGACAAAUACAACAUGUCAACCGAAGCUAUCAAAAGUUCCCGAGCUGAAAUUCCGGUGCCGGAGAGGAUAAAUACUCAGGCGGAUUACUGGAAGAAGAGUGGGAAGGGUUUCGCCGUUGAUGUGGAAGCUACGGAGAUGAAGAAAAUAGCAGCCUUUCCCUGAUCGAGGGGGUGACACGUGGCAGCCCAGUCAAUUUACAGUGAUAGUCUGUAUAUCAGGGGGGUGCGGGUAGAAUAAUGCUUUUGUGGUAUUAUUACAUGGUAAUUAUAAUGUAUUAUUUUGUUAACGUUCUGUUCUG